AUGCGAGGGUUUCCUGGCGCUUGGUGUAAGCGCAGCCUGAAUACUGCCUCAGAUGCGGUGGAUCUGGUAAAGGUGGGCCAGAAAUGGAAGAGCAAAGUGCUCUCGGGAGUGCCACAGCCGGCUGCGGAGGGCACGCGGCCUCAUAUGUAUGUGCUGUCGAUGUUCCCAUACCCUUCGGGGAUGCUGCACAUUGGGCAUCUACGGGUGUACACGAUCAGCGAUGCGCUGAACAGGUUCUACAGGAUGAAGGGCUACGAGGUCGUUCACCCGAUGGGCUGGGAUGCGUUCGGGCUGCCGGCAGAGAACGCGGCGCUGGAGCGGGGCAUUGCGCCGGCGGACUGGACGAGGCAGAACAUUGCGCGGAUGAAGCAGCAGAAGGGCGAUAUGCUGGCGCAUUUCGAAUGGGGUCGGGAGGUCACCACGUGCGACCCGGAGUACUACCGGUUCACGCAGGAGCUGUUCCUCGAGCUGUGGCACCAUGGGAUGGCGUACAAGAAGGAGGCCGAGAUCAACUGGGACCCGGUGGACAAGACGGUGCUGGCGAACGAACAGGUGGAUGCGCAAGGGCGGUCAUGGCGGUCGGGAGCGCUGGUCGAGAAGCGGAAGCUGAACCAGUGGUUUCUGCGCAUCACUCGGUUUGCCCACGAGCUGAGCCAUGAUCUGGACGGCCUCGACGGGUGGCCGGCGAAGGUGAAGGCGAUGCAGAAGCACUGGAUUGGGGAAGUUGAGGGGACUGAGGUCCGCUUAUGCACAGGGGACGGCGAGGCAAUUGUAGCCUUCACCCCGCGGAUUGAGGCGGUAUUCGGCCUGCAGUACGUUGCGAUUUCUACCGAGCAUGCCCUCACCAAGAAAAUGGCCGAGCGCUUGCCGGAGCUAUGCGAGUUCCUUCAGCGGCCGUUGGUGCUGUCAGAAAGCGAUCUUUCGGGGUUCCAGCUGCCGGGCACCUACGUGCAGCACCCCUUUGCCAAGGAUCAUGGCCACAGGAUCCCCGUUUUUGUGUCCCCGUAUGUCCCCGCCGAUGGAGCUGGUGCGGUGCUAGGAACGCCCGCCCACGAUGAAUUUGACCACAAGUUCUGGCGAGCCAAUAAGCCCGCAGAGCCCGUGAUUUCGUCCUUCGAGGCUUCUGGGGAGUGCGACGACGAGUGCCAUAUUCAAACGAAGGGUAUCCUGAACGCAAAGGCCGGGAACCUCAAGGGGAUCUCAUCUCAGGAUGCUAAGCAGGUGCUGGCUGACAAACUGGUCGCUACCGGCGAUGGAAGACAAACAACCCAGUACAGGCUCAGGGACUGGUUGAUCUCUAGACAAAGAUACUGGGGCGCGCCAAUUCCGAUCAUAUACUGUGACUCCUGUGGCACUGUCCCUGUACCUAAGCAAGAUCUACCUGUCAUGCUACCCAAUAUAGCCGGGCUCUCAAAGAAGGGGAACACGCUGGAGCAUAUUCCAGAAUUUGUAAAUACCUCAUGCCCAUCGUGUGGUGGUCCAGCAAAACGUGAGACUGACACAAUGGAUACUUUCAUGGACAGCUCGUGGUACUUUUUCCGAUAUCUAGAUUCCCACAACCAAAAGGAACCAUUUGGCUACGAUAAAGCGACUAGGAGCAUGCCGGUUGAUAUGUACAUUGGCGGCGUGGAACACUCGAUACUGCAUUUGCUGUAUGCGAGGUUUAUAUCCAAGUUCCUUGCCUCAAUUGGCAAAUGGGAUGGUUCCGCUUGUAAUGGAGAACCUUUUAAGAGGCUUGUCACUCAAGGAAUGGUUCAUGGUAAGACUUUUAUUGAUCCAGAAAAUGGAAGCUUCUUAAAGCCUGAGGAGCUUGAUAUGAGCAAUCCAGCCGACCCUAUCAUUUGUCGCACUGGUCAAAAGCCUCGUGUCUCCUAUGAAAAGAUGUCUAAAUCAAAAUACAACGGAGCUGACCCUGCGCAAUGCAUCUCAAAACAUGGCCCCGACGCUAUCAGAGCACAUAUUCUGUUUCAAGCUCCAAUCAGUGAUGUCGUGAAUUGGGACGAAACCAAGAUUGUCGGUAUUGAACGUUGGUUGGCACGUAUUAUUAAACUUGCCCACACUCUCGCUGCAGACUCGCAGCUGAAACACGGCCCAGUGGCAAAGCUCACCAACAUGCAUGAAAUUGCGCUGUUCAAUGAAGUACAGAAGCUUUUAGGUUCGAUAACUGACUCAUUCAGCCGGACUCUGUCUCUGAAUACAGUCAUCUCUGACUACAUGAAAUUAACCAACCUCCUGGAUCAAGCUUUGAAGAAUAAGGAUAUAAAUCCAGCAUGGCUCUUGACUCAUUUCAAAAAACUUGUUAGUGUCAUUCACCCGACGGUACCUGCUGUUUCAGAAGAAGCAGCUGACAUCAUUAAAGGGCAUCUUCAACUACUAACCUGGGAUCAUUAUGUCUGGCCAACAGUGGAUGCUCAGCAGAAAGAUAACUCCGUCGGCUACAGAGUAUUUGUUGAUGGGAAGAUGCGCUUUAUCUAUCCAGCGCCUAGCGCCUUUAUUAACGAUAAAAACGGCGUGCUGAAAGCCUUGCUUGCUCAUCCAGACGGCGGUAAAUACCUGGCAGGGCGCCAAGUGAAGAAUCUCAUUCUAAAAAAGAACAUUAUUAGUUUAGUGUUACAAAAAUAA